ACAAAUACGGAGAGUAAUACCAAAGGUAAUUGAAACGGGGAUUCAAAUUUGGACUAACAUUGCACCCCACGGGCCCAGCUCAUCUGAGAGCCACUUGUCGAAAGAGAAUCCGAAUGCAUCGCGAGUUGUUUCAAGAGCAAAGAUGACAGAAGUGACGUCAUCAGAAUUAUCAGGAAUAAGAGUUGCACGGUAAUCCCCGGUUGAGAUAAGUGUUGCACACACCCCUCCAUAUCGAGCCCCGGGAAAAUUUAAAAGCCAUCUCAUGCUUUAACAUUGGUAUGUGAGGCCAUUCAUCGUUUCAUUAGCAAACAUGGACAUGGUAUACGUCAGAGUGUCAAUAUGGUCUGCGAAGAACGUAACUCCAUACCAGGGUAAAAGUCCAAUUCCCCAUUUUUUUUCCUAGAGAUAUUCUCCAGGGGUAUGAGUCUAAGGAAUGAAACAGAGGCCAUGUCCCUAUUCUGUCUGCUAAGAAUCGGACGAGACCCACGCCUCACGAUAGCAUUAUUAAUAUUCAAUUUCGCCAGGAAACCGCAACCACUCCAAUCACGCGGUAACAUUUCAUAGGUAUUAUCACCACAUUGCCAAUAAUUAAGGUACAGAAUCCCUAUGACUAAACCAACACUAUAUAUUAAAUCCAUGAUUAUAUGAGAAAUUGACACCACAUAUAUACAUAGCGUGGGCAUUCUACACUGUACACUGAAAGAGCUCUUUACAACGCAUCAGUAGAAGACUCCUGCCGUGGUGGAGAAGUACUCGGAACUGUAGAAGUUAUGCAAAGUACUUGAAGUAUACCUGAAGUGCCAAAAGUACUUGUAGAUUUCAUGCCCCUUUCAGACUGUAAUGUUAUUAAUACUCAACAGUAUGUGUAUUCAAGUAUCACUGACACGUUGCAGUCGGUAAAGGUAAAGGUGAAGGUAAUACUGAUAUAUUCUGUACAAUGCCAUAAUAUCCACAAUUUUAUUUGUCUUGUUCAUUAAGUUCAAAAGUGUGGUUUUUGUUCAUCAGCCUUCAUCGUCUUAUAUGCAGUUAAGGUCCGUGAAGUUUAGAUCGAGCUCGUGCAGCAGCUUCACACUUACUUCAGCAGUUCAAACAGACACCUGGUGUGGACCAUGAGUCAGGGGGAUUUCCUCAAACUGUCAUUUCUCACUACCGCUCUACAGGAAUUCACUUUGUCUCAUUUGUAGUUGAUGGAGCUCCUUUUGAUUAGGUGUCUCGCACUCGUCUGGAAUUUAAGACCUGAGAAAUUGGGACGACGGACAACGAAUGAAAGACACGUCGCCACGGCAUUAAAGGUGACGCUGACCAAGUAUAUGUGGACACAGCUGCAGUGGAAGCAGACGGUACCGGAGCGGGAGAGGCCCGAACCUCUGACUCGCUACCCAAGACUGGAGACCUGGCUCCUGACAGCUGACGUCACACCGCAGUUCAUACAGGCUGCAGCAGGGAAGCUCUCCGUGGACGGGUUGCUGCAGAUGUCCAGCUCUGAGCUGCAGGACACCAUGAGACGCCUGGGCUCCAACUCGGAGGAUCGUUCUCGCCUCACUGCCGCCCUCUCCUGCCUGAAGAGUGCUGAUGAAACAGGAGGCGACCAGAGGCCUGACUCCGACUCCUGCAGAUGUGAGACAAAACAGGACAGCAAUGACUUUUCUUCUACUAGCCCGCCGCCCGUGCGACCCACCAGCACCCGUGGCCCCUCCAUCUCCAUAUCAGUGGCACCUUGCUCAGUCGACCAAAGGCCAUGCGCGCCGGCUGACGAAUCGGCAGACGUCUUCACACUGGAGGCGAGCCCCCCUCACGCCACCCAAACGCCUAAGAUGCGCAGUGCCAAGCCCUCCCACACGACGCCGCCCUCUUCCCGCAAGCUGUUGCAGCUCCUCCCCAACAUUGCAAUGAAAAGAAGCAAGAGUCAAGAGUCGCAGCUGGCCAACCGCAUCGAGGAGCCUGCCUCACACUGGACCUGUAAGAAGAACAGAGUGCUGGCUGCCAUUCAGAUCAACGGCUGCGGGAACAGUCCUGAGGACUCGACUCUGCGAUCGCCGCUGCUGUCCGCUCGGACGCCCGGCCCGGUCCCAGCCUCGGCCCCGUACAUGAUGUCCGCCGUCCCCACCCUGCUGGACAACGGGACCAUACACAGAAGUUCCCCUAAGACGAUGAGGAGAGACAUUGGCCUGGCCAUAACGCACAGGUUUUCAACCAAGUCGUGGCUCUCCCAGACGUGCCAAGUGUGUCACAAGAGCAUGAUGUUCGGUGUGAAGUGCAAGCACUGCAAGUUUAAGUGCCACAACAAAUGUACCAAGGAUGCUCCCUCAUGUCGGAUAUCAUUUCUCACAUUGCCAAGGAUGCGCAGGGCAGAAUCAGUGCCAUCAGAUAUCAAUAAUCGGAUUAAUCACACAGCAGAGAUCCCACUGCAGUACGGCACUUUACCAAAGGCAAUAACCAAAAGGGAGCCUCCCCCCAAUUUAAACCAGCUGGAUUCCAGCAGUAACCCAUCCUCCGCCACCUCCUCCACACCUUCCUCUCCAGCACAUUUCCAGCAGAGUAACCCCCCGAGUGUCAGCACCACCCCCCCGGCCAACUCCUCACCGCGGGGCUCCUGCGACAGCCGCUUCCACUUCCCAGAUGUCCCCGCCGCCACUCAUACUGCUGCUCCUCAUUCCGCCAGCGGCCACGAGUCUGGUGUGUCCCAGGUGGGCCCCACUGACACACAGCUACCGGCUGCAGAACCAGGAGGGGAGGAGGGGGCAGAGGAAGACUACCCAGUCGGGGAUGAGGAAACAGCUGACCAGUACAGCAGCAAAAAGAGCUAUCCCACCGAGGAGUGUGAUGAGGACGGGCUCGAGGACCUGCCCUCUUCCAUAUGCCGCCGUGCGGCCGCCGGCCGCUGGAGGGGCCAGAUCUCUCGUAAAGCCAGCCAGACCAGCAUCUACCUGCAGGAGUGGGACAUCCCGUAUGAGCAGCUGCAGCUGGGGGAGCUUAUUGGCAAGGGUCGCUGGGGGAAGGUGCAUAAGGGCCGCUGGCACGGCGAGGUGGCCAUUCGCCUGCUGGAGGUCGACGGCAACAACCAGGAUCACCUGAAGCUCUUCAAGAAGGAGGUGAUGAACUACAGGCAGACCAGGCACGAGAACGUGGUCCUGUUCAUGGGCGCCUGCAUGGCCCCGCCCCACCUCGCCAUCAUCACCAGUUUCUGUACAGGUUUGACUCUAUACACAGUCGUGAGGGAAAGAAGUCACAUGCUCGACCUCAAUAAAACCAGACAGAUUGCACAGGAGAUUGUGAAGGGGAUGGGUUAUCUUCACGCCAAAGGCAUCAUUCACAAGGAUCUGAAGUCUAAGAACGUGUUCUAUGACAAGAAAAAGGUGGUCAUCACGGACUUCGGCCUGUUUGGGAUGUCUGGAGUGGUACAAGAAGGCAGAAGGAAGAACGUGCUGCGGAUACCCCAGGGCUGGAUCUACUACCUGGCUCCAGAGAUCGUUCGAAGGAUGAGCCCAGAGGUCGAGGAGGACCAGCUGCCGUUCUCCAAAGCUGCUGAUGUUUAUGCAUUUGGCACAAUCUGGUACGAGCUGCAGGUCGGAGACUGGCCCAUCACCAACCAACCUGUGGAGGCUAAGAUCUGGCUAGUGGGCAGCAACGAGGGCAUGAAGAAGGUGCUGGCAGAUGCCAACCUGGGCAAGGAGGUGACGGAGAUCCUGUCUUCCUGCUGGUCCUCGGAGGCAGACGACAGGCCGACCUUCACCCAGCUGGCAGGCAUGCUGGAGAGACUUCCCAAACUGAACCGCAGACUGUCUCACCCCGGACACUUCUGUAAGACUAAUGAGUUGUGGGAUCGUCAUCACUGUCUGGGAGAUCGCUGCCAUCAGGGCCUGCAUGCGCACAUGCAUGUACAAAUACAGCAGCUGAGAGGCAACGGUGCACUUUAAAACUGAAACUGGAUUUGAGUUUUUGAGACUGGAUUGAGCAAUUACUGAUUACAUUAUUAAUAAUAUAAGCUUUUUUUUCCAACUGUUUUCAGCAUUUGCAGCAUUUUCAACCUGUUUCAUGUGGUGGUGACAUGUGGUGUUAAUAGGCAUUGUUGUUGUAUUUAUUCUGCUCACACUGUGAACACGCCAAGGCAUUGUCGGCAUGUCGGCACUGUAAAUACCAGGUCUGAACUGGGCCAUGGAGCCAGAAUAAACAGUUGGGGUGCUGUGUUGGCAGCAAGAGAUUCCAUAGGUCAAACAGAACAGGCCCAUUAGCCAGUAAUGGGGGGGGGUGUCAGAGUUAAUAAGGAUUAAUAAUAAUAAUGAUAAUACCUGACAUCCUGGUCAGAUACUAUAUCAGUCAUAGCCUGGACAGCCUAUGAGACAAUGACAUUAUUAUAACAACAAUCUGCUGCUGAAACAAAAUGUCUUUCAUCACUGUCUCUAUUCUCAGUCGUUAGAUUCAAGUUCACAUCAAAAGGCUCGUUUCACCCCCAAUUUGCAAAACGGGCGUGUGCCUUUCCUGUGCUUCUGCAUCAUUUUAGUGAACUGGGUGUGGUUACUUAGACAGCGGAGUACAAUAUGAAACAUGAUAAAGCAAUGACCUAGUGCAUAUAUGUAUAUAAAGUGCAGGAGGUUGUAUUUAAUAUACAGUGCUCAUGUUUUUAAGAAAAAAAAAAGUUUUCAUUGCAACUGGUACUGCAUUCAUAUUUAUGUAUAGAUUUUAGACACUGUAAACUGUUGACAGUUGAUUGGUGUUUUUUUGGGGGUGGGGGAGGGGGUUGUACAGGAUGUGUUUUUACUUUGGAAGCUUCUGCUCUGAACAGCUGUAAACAUUAAAGCUGAUCUCCAAAGAC